AUGAAGUUAAAAGUGUUACUGAUGGGCCUGGUUAUUUUCUCAGCAUUCAAGCAUUCGUUUCAGCUUCCAAAAGAUUCGGAACCGGUCGGUCAACCGGCUGGUACCAUAACCGCGGAAGAUACUGCAGCAAAAAAUACGGCAACCGGCAGUUUAGGCGCAGCACAAAGUUUAGCACAGGAAAUCGCCUCUAAAGCAAGCGGUUCUGGAAACGAAAAAGCCCGCACAGUUUUGGCCGACUUGAACCCUUCCUCAAGCAAUCCGAAGGAAGAGACCGUCCUACGGAUACGUGAUCAAAUAUUGCAAGAAAAAGAUCUGGAUGAUGAUAUUAUUCAGGGGGUACGGGAAAGUGAAUUUUUAAACGCAUUCCACGAGGCGAUAGACAAACAGAUCAUCGAUCCCAGUUUCAUUCAAACGUUGGCGUCCGUCUAUUCGCCACCGGUGAUAACCAGCUACACCCGGGACACGCUGAUGGUCAAAUCCAUCCGAGAGGAUGCCAAUUUCACCUUCGGAGAUGAUGUUUUCCGCUGGAAAACGUUGGAACACCACAAACACAAGGAUCAGCAUCUGGUCGUCGGAAUAAGCAACGUUAGUAUCGUAAUUCUGCACGAGAAGCUCGGUGUUUUUUCGCUCCAGCAGCAAAUCCCGAUGGAAACCGUACCGGCCGCCUUCGAAGUGAUCACCGUGUGGGACAGCGCGAACGAUACGGCCGUCAGUGGUUUGGUUGUGGCCACCGAAAUGUCUCUGGUGUGGUACACGAUGAGGGAAAAAACGAAUUUCACGCUCACCGAAGAGUGGCGAUGGCCGCUGCAUAAAAUGACCACACUGAUUAAGUGUUUUCGUUAUAAGGAGACGGAUAUGAUUCUUCUGGUGGGGACACAUCCCAACAAGGAACGGUCGAUUUCGGCCACAUUGUAUGAGUUUAACUUCGAGCGGCAGCAGUUCUGGUUGAUGCAGAAGUUGCUGUUGAACUUUCCGUGUCGAACUGUCGGUGUGGUGAACGUGGGAAGUGAAUUUUUGGUGGCCUUUCCGCAGAACAACACAGCGUUGAUUUAUGCGCUGGAAGCGGGGAAGGUUUACCGCGGAAAGUUCACUCUGAUUGCCAAUUUUACUUCGGAGAGGAUUAAUUCAGUCGGAGCGUUCCAUGUGGGACGCUAUGCUUACAUUGCGAUCGGCGGUAAGUCACCGCAAAUUCUUCGCUACGCCGAUGGAAGCUUCACGACGCAAACGAUUCCAACGGAAGCGUUGGAAACGGUGGAGUCAUACCUGGAAAUACCGACCUACACGUACCGUGACGAUCUGAUCCUGCUGGUUCAACAUCGGAUAGGUUUUUCUACCCACGAAAUACAGCGCUUAGACAUUCUGGUUUGGAACGGGGAGUCAUUCGACAUACGAAGCAACAUUCCCUGUUAUGUGGAGUCGGAAUUGACAGACAACGAGGUGUCCUGCUUGUUGGAUUUGCACCGACCGAAUGGUAUUAUCGGUUCAGCCAUUGUGCAACGCGAGAAGCAUAUCAUGAUGGUCGUACCUCGCCACCGCGCACAUUCCAGCUUGUUUCAUAUCGAAAUUGGAUUGCUCUCGGCGGAGCAUCCCAUCGCGCAGAAGGUGCAGGAAGUUCACGACACGGUCGAUGCUUUUACCAAAAUUCUCCAAUAUCAAGACGUUGUAAUCAAGCAAGCUUUUGACCUCAUUACACAAGAAGAAACGGUUGAACGGCCAACGAUGCUGUUGGAAAAUUACACCAUAGAAAGCUUGUUCGCGGAAAUGGCCUACAUGGACCCGAGUAUUCGCUGGCCGAAUGAUACGAUCUACAUCGGCGAUGUGCCCUGGACCUAUGAGGACUCGCUGAUCGACAUUCCUGCGCUGGUACAUGAGAUGGAAUACGAGGAAGCACAUUUGUUGCGUCUGGAGCAGGAAUUAUCAUAUGCGGUACGAAAACAGAAGGAAGGUUUUUCACUGGAACUGGAACAGCCUUUGCACGUGAAGGGGCGCGUGGAAAUUCAUGGAUCGUUGGUUACCGAUGACCUUUACGUCCACCGAUUGGAAGAAGAACCACGCGCGACUAGAACCGCACGAGAUAGCGAGAAAUCGGUAAAAGAACUACGCGUGCAGUAUCUUGAUGUGCGACAUUUGAAUUUUAAAACGUUCAAUGGAGAACCAGCUAGUGAGUUAGUUUUCAACACCGGAAAGAAAAUCGAACUGAACAAUAAGAUCAUUUUCGAAGAUACUGUUGUGGCCGGGGAUGUUGUUUUACCCAACCGCGGAACGGUGAAUGGGAUUGAUUUGAGUGAAUCGGUGGUGCACUUCGGUGAUGAGGAACGUAGCUGGGAUGAGCUGAAGUUCGAAAACCUUGAGGUUAUGGAUGAUUUAAUAGUUCACUGUUCGAUCAACGGAGAAAAACUGAAUCCGGAACAACUUCAACCAUCGGCUAGGGCCACUGACGAUGACUCCGAGCCGGAUGAUGUGCUCAGGGUAGACAAGUUGGUACUGAACGGUAGCUUGCACACCGCUAAAAUAAACGGUGUUCCUUGGGAAGAUUUCAUCCAAGGAAUUGUAAUGAAAAAUCGUCCAAAGCGAAUAGCAGAACUGAGGAUCAAUGGAAGCUUGAUCCUGGAACAUCCUAAUAUUACGGUUAGUCAUUUGAACGGAUUAGCUUUUCCUGGUGAUUUUUUGCUAUCGAAUCGACCGGAACCAUCGAUCAUCACCGGGCAUAAACGUUUCCUGAACACUACAUACAUGGCUACACUAGACGUCGAAGGAACGAUCAAUGGGGUAGAUCUUAACGAACUCAUUACCCUGCACGACGACCAGCACAUUCCGGGAAAUGUAACAUUCGCGGAGCUGCACGUAAUGGAAGAGUUGGAAGUACACGGAGAGAUUCACGGCAAAGGACUGGAUCAACACCUGUUCGAUAAUCCAACGUUGCUCCAGGCAAAGUCCAUUGAAGCGGCUUGCCACUUUGGAGAGUUGCACAUCGACGGUCCGGUUAUCGUUAGGGAGUCACUGGAUGGCGAGAAUUUGGAUGAUUUGCUUGCCGAUGUGGUCUACGAUACGGAUGGAACCGUAGAAAUUACCGGUCAGAAGCAUUUCAAAUCGGUGGAAUUCCACGAGAGCGUUACAAUCAAGUCGGGAAUGGUGAACGACAUUAAAUUAGAAGAUUUCGUUACGCGUAGUACAGAACAAACGUUUAAUGUUAGCGAUAUCAAAGGAAAUAUUUCGAUAGGUCGACUAACGCUGGACGGUCUCUUUGAUGGGUUGAAUGUCACCGAAAUUGAUAUGAACUCGAUAAAGUUAUAUGGCGACCAGUACACAGAGGCAACCCUGAUAUUCAAAAAUCCUGCUGGGGGUGCUCGUCCCGAUAUUGAAGCCAACGAGCUGCGAAUCGAAAAGAUGUUAAACUCCAAAAACAGAUCCGAGUAUUUACAAACGCAUCAAGAAGAAGAGUUGGUUUUAACCGGGAACAUAACCGUUAAAAAUUUGACUGUUGACAAAUUGCAUCUCAUCUCCUCGUCCCUUGACGGUCCGGGUAAAAUGAUUAACGAUAUACAUCUGCCAACCUUCGACCGGCAGCGGCUCAGUUUGACGCGUCCGCAGGAAAUCGACACUCCGGUUUUCAUUGAAAAACUAAUCGUUGAGCAAACGGCUAACGUGACAUUCGUGAAUGGAAAAAACAUCAGUCAAUUGAGUACUAUAGAAGAUAAGAUUAAUAAUUUGAAAAAAGAACUUUUGCUGGGGAAAAUUAAAAUAGAAAACCUCUACGUGGAAGGCGAUAUCAAGGUGAACAUGCUCAACGACAUCAAGUUCGACGAGUUGCUGAAGAAUGUGAUUUGGUUGAAUCGACCGAACUUCAUACCGGGUACUGUUCACUUUUUGGAGCCGCUGUACAUCAAGGGCAACCUGACGGUUGAAGGGUUGGUCAAUAAUGUCAAUUUUGGAGAGUUUUUGGCCGACUUAGUAUUGAAAUCCGACGAGGUGAUGGAAUUCUAUGAGCCUAAGAUAUUCAAGAACGGAUUUCACGUCGAAGGUAAUCUUGAUACCGAACGUAUCAACGAUAUCAGGAUUGACGAGCUGAUACUGAAGAACCAAAGCAUCCACAUAACGGGAGAUGUUACGAUUCACGGUCAGUUGUUCGUUAAUCAUUUGCUGAUUGAAGACAGCCUGAAUGGAGAACCGAUUCAAAAGCUGGUGGAUCAUUAUCAGUAUGACGCAGCACGUGAUGUCCACAUCAUCAAAGGGGAUGUGACCUUGCACAACGCAUCCAUUCAAUCGCUCUACGUACAAGGUGGCUUUAACGAAAUUCCAAAUCUGGACCUUCAUCUGGCUUCGUUGAUCCGAAAGGAUCAAGAUUACAAUUUUACCGAACCGUUUGUGUUUGGCGGGGAGGUUAUUUUCGAGCAAGGUUUCACAGUACAAACCGUGAACGGACGGGACAUCUCCCGGCUGCAGUACGAUAUUGUACGAAUCAAUGAAGAUGAUCCGGUGGAGUUGAUGGGUGGAGCUGUGUUUACUGAACCGUUGCACAUCGAGACGCUCACGGUGGACGGAGACAUGAUUGCACCGAGUAUCGACGGAUAUAAUCCGGAUAGAUGGCCCGAAACGUCGGUGAUGAUCAACGAAGAUGUGGAAAUAUUCGCCAAAAUCAUUUUUGAGCCAGGAACGUUCCAAACCGAGCACAUCGAUGCGAAAUUCGUUAAUGGGUACUCCAUGGACGAGGUGGUCACAUUGCACACCGAUCAGGUUUUCAAUACUACGCUUUACAUCGAUGAAAUGACUAUCAGUCAGCCCCUGGAGGUUGGCGGAAAGGUUAAUGGACUCUAUUUCCCCGACGAAAGAGAAAACACGGUGAUGACAUACGGAACGCAACACAUCCGAAUUCCAACCGUCUUCAACUCAAUACAGGUGCGCGAAUCGCUAACCUUACCAGCACUCGUUAACGACAAACCGUUCGACCCGGUCCUGAUAGGUCCGAAAAUGGUAAUCGAAUCGCCCGUUGUGUUUCAACAUUUGGUCGUUGAUAAUCUCGAAACGCGAGACACGAUCUCGGGUAUAGAUUUCGACCGGUGGUAUAACGAUAGUCUGUGGACCGCUGGGCGUGAGCAUCAAGUGAUCCCAGCCAAGCUCAUUGCCGACGAGGUUCGUUUCGAAAGUUCCGUCGAAGGCAACGGAAUGAUUAAUGGCGUGAAUAUACAGGAAGUGGUUCAGCAAAUCGAAGCCAACAAACAGGCGAAUGAAGAGCGGUUGGAGUACUAUAAAACGCAGUUCCGUAGCUUUUGCGAAAAAACGCAAGAUUUGGUGGGAAAGUCACAAAAUCGGUUGUACUUCUUCAAGUACUUUACCCAGCGUCAGAUGAUCAGUAUGUCCUACGAAAUAAAUUCGUUCCACUUCUUCGAUCACCUCGGGUACCACUUCUUGGCAAUAAACAGUGCGUGUGAAACACACGUGUACCAAUGGGAUUCAACCGGAAAGAUGUUUGUACCGUUGCUGGUGUCCUACACGGGAGCUGUUGAGCAUUGGGAAAAUGUGGUCGACAGUGAUCGAGCAAUCUUUUUGCUCGCUAAAUCAUUCGAAGGAAGUUUCCAAUGCAAUGUUACAGGAGUGAGCGUUUGGUUGUUCACCGGUGUCGAACUUAGAUUGAUGUGGCAUACAGACGAACCUUAUUCGGCAAUUAGUUCGCUCGGGGAAAAGCAUGACAGUUUCUUUGUGCUAGCUGAAAAUACGGUCAUCGAAUACAGAGUCAAUGGAGACCUGAUAGAACAAUGGGAUCUCCCGGUAAGUGCAACAGGUUACAGGUUUGUUCGAAACAUAGUAGAGUUGGGACUAGCUUUAAGCGAUGGGCGACUUUUAGUGCUACUGUCUAAUGUUAACAACAACGAAGACGUUGUUCGAACCAAAAGAAACACGAACGAAACCGUCCAAAUGGGACUGUUCGCUACCCAAGCCAUGUAUGAUCGUAUGCACAGGAAUUUAACACGUAACCAUGUUCGCACAUCGGUGAUUGAACCGGUAACGUUCACUGAUCACAUCAAACCUAACGUGCGAGCUGCACAACCAGCGAGCAAACAAAUCAACCGUACACUCGUUAACGUUGACAACUGGAAGUCCACGAGUGUUCUGUUCCGGAAUGCAUCAAUAAAUGAUCCAGCUCCGGAAGCUUCCACGCUUGUAAAAACAACUAUUUCCAGAGAAAUGCCGAUGGGCGGUAUCUUCACUGCAGAGAAUUAUCAUUUUCCCAACAAUCCCGAUGGGGAAAUAAUCAGUUUUCGAGUUGGAGAAAGCAGUUACAAGCAGCAACUGGUAGCGGUAUCCACCGUAGUGGAUACCAUCAUCCGAGGAGAUCACGAUGCUGUCAAAAUAUACCACGACAUUCAACUCGGUCAGCUGUACCAAAUUCUACCGUGCAACCGUCCGUCGCAUCUGACCGCACUGGAACUGCGGGACGAAACGUUGCUAGUUUUCCUUGAGUCACGGCAGACCGUUCAGAUCUACAGCUACCGCGGAGCGGUGGAGGGCUUUGUCCGCUUGAGUAGCUUCCGGCUAACGGUACCGGUCGUCCAGAUGAGCGCCAUUUCACUGCCGCAGCCAGCGCGGCUGUUACUCUGCCCGAAGCACUAUCUGGCUAUUGCCACUCAGCAGCAUGAGCUGAUAUUUUUGAAAGCCAAAAUGCAUGGGAAUUGUGGUCUCACUGUUGAACUGGACUGUACUACCGAGGAUUGA